AUGCGGCGCCGCCGUGCUCCCGACCCGACGACGUCCGCUGCUCGUGGACGGCCGACGUCGCUAUCCGUUUCCGGUGACCUCGAGCGCGUCUUCAACAAGUUCGACUCCAAUGGCGAUGACAAGAUCUUGUUUGAGGAGUUCGCCGCAUUGCUCGCGAGCCUCUGCCACCCGCAUUCCGAGGAGGAGCUCCACCGAAUGAUGGUCGAGGCUAACUCCAACGGCCAACGGGGACGGGCUCAUCUUCGUGGAGGACUUCGUGGAGAUCAAUGCCCCGUCGGGGACCUCCGCCUCGCCUUCGCCAUCGCCAUCUUCGAUCUCGACCGAAACAACAUCAUCUCUGCGGAAGAGCUCUUCAGGGGCCUCAGCAGGAUCGACUGCGACGAUGACAGCCUCAUUAGUUCGAGGAGUUUAAAGCCAUGA